GGCAUUCCCAUGGUUCCUUGCGGGCGUGCAUUUUCGGCCAUAACUAUUUUGAGAAGAAACAACAUAAAGAAAAAAAUAUAAUCAAACUAAACUUUUGUUCUGUGGAAAACGACACAGUUUUGUUAUACUUCUACAAUUCAUCGUGUACAUUUCAAGCCUUUUUAUAAUCCUGCAAAGUCUCGUGUCGAUUGUACAAUGGCAAAUGGCUACCCGAACUUUGAACAGUAAAUGAUAUUCUGUGAGUCUCUGGAAAUAAUACAGAAUUUCUAUGUGCCUUUGAUGCCGACUAAUUAGAGCUCUUGGUUAUGAGAUUACGUGUCUAAAUGGCUGUUUUGUACCGGUGACACGAACCGCUAAAAGUCUGUUAGAAUAAAUAUUUUGUACUGUCAAAUUUCCCGUUCGUCGGAGUAUGGUCAAUUCAGACAUGAAUCCGACAGAGCGUCUAAAAACGUUGGAAAAAAUUUUCAGUCAGGGAAUUCAAGAUACGGCUUUGAGUACAGAAACUUUAUUGGAUGUAUUUCUUGUCUUGUACGAUGAGUGUUCAAGUGCAUCCCUUCGUAGGGAUAAAAAUAUUGCCGAAUUCGUCGAAACGGGUGAGUACAUUCAAUACAUAGGGAGGCAUUUAACAGAACGCUUUCGAAAUUUUAUGAUUGCAUUAGAAUUUUUUUAAAAAUGUUUCGAAUACUAAGUCUGUAAUUGUCUUUUUUCGUUUUAGUUAAGCCUAUUGCCAAACGUCUAAAGGAAUUACGACUAUCUAGAGAUGAUUUUGAAAUGCUUAGUCUCAUUGGGAAAGGAGCAUUUGGCGAGGCGAGUUUAAUAGGCAUAUUUUUGUGUUGGCGAAGAAUUUCGCAAAAACCUGUGAGAAUCCUUUCGACCAUUCUUUAUAUUUCUAACGGCAAUUUUGCGAUUUCAGGUCGCUGUUGUAAAAAUGAGGAGUACGGGUCAGGUUUAUGCUCUAAAAACUCUGAAUAAAUGGGAAAUGUUGAAACGAGCCGAGGUGAGUUUAACCGGAAUAAUAUAUUUGACAAUGACAAGGAAGCUUCUUGAUAAUUUUGCCCUCUUAAUUACACGAGCUGUCAUCGAAUUUCGGCUUUUGUUAAUUCACAAUUUAUUUCCCAUUAUUGUGAUGGCAAAGGUGUUCGACUUUGAAAGUUCACAUAAUAUUCUGUAGCAGGGCAUUUUCAAAGAAACACAGUCGUUGCCUUUUAACUAUAUUGUAAUACUCUGUUUACCAUUGUUCAGACUCGAUAAUUAUGCCUUGUCAAGUCAUGUCAUAUUUGGCAACAGACCAUAUAUCUCAACGCUUCCUUCCAUCUUUCUUUCAUUUCAUGUUCAGGAAUUUUCGUCCCUUAAUUUAAUAAAGAAAUACGUUUUUUCCUCUUCCUCAAGUAGAUGGGAACAGACUGUAUUUUGUGUAUAAACAGUAAAUGGUUUAAAAAAUGUUUGGUACUUCAACAAUUCAAGUAAUAGAUUACGGUAGCAAUACACAUUACAAUACUGUAUUCUUUGACUAUUAACUAUGGUGUGCUAUAUUUUUGUAUAAAUGUACACGUUUCCAUUCAGGGUGUAAUAAUUAUUCAGCCCUUGAAACUCAGGUUAUUGUAGUUUCGGGUCUGCAAAUGAAACCUUGUCGACUUGAAAUUUAAGUGAGUUUAACCCAUUGAGUGUCGGUGCUCUAAAAGAGUAAAAUCGUCUUGUUAGACAAAGUAAAAUAAUAAUGUGAGGUGUAUUAGGGCACAAUGCAACUUAAUGGGUUAAUUAAGGGUUGGUCGUUAGGUUAGUCUAGUGCAAUGAACCAUAAUGUGGGCAUUUUGUUAUUUUACUCAUAAAUGGUCAUAAACUGUCUGUCAUUAGUGUUAACCAAUUUAGCCACAAUUCAUGUACAUGCACAUUUUGGCUGCAAUGCACCACAUUUUGUCCCCACGCUCAGUCCAGUGCCAGGCAACUUACUUUUCAUGGGAAAAUUGUUGUGCAAUAAUGAAGGCUUUUUAUGAAGCCUUUUUUAUAUAACCUCUUUCAUUCAUUCUGUCUGCUGCAAAUGCUCUAUCGUUUGUUGUGCACUGUACUGUGGAAUGGCCAAUUGACCCUGGUAAGUGCAUGACUACAUCACCAGCCAGGUGAUCUCGUGUUCGUAUUUUAGCCAAUCAACGCUCAGAAAGGGUUGUCCGAAUAGAAAUCCAUUUUGAUGUAUUCAGUCAAUUAUAUCUUUCGUUAUUCUUUAUGAAACUAGUUGAAAUUUUGUAAUUAUGUUUGGUUAUAAGAACUAUAGCUCUGACAAAAAUAUGGAAUUGAAAUAAAGUAUAUUACAGGAGAUAUUCAGUUGUUUUAAUCAUAAAAUGGAUUUCUAUUUGACAACUAGUGCCAGUACUUUUCUGUGUAUCAAGAUCAUCUGGAGGGUAUGUGUAUAAGGAAAUAUCUUGGCAUUCUGCGGGGACAAAUAUAAAUUACAGUAAUAAAGAAGUGAUUGUAAGAUUGCAAUUAGGACUGAGUCACUGUUAGUAAUUAUAUUGAAGUGCUUGUAAAAUUAUGCAAAAUUAGUUUAGAAUUUUACACACAGCUGGGAGCUGCUGUGGGUAUUAUGAGACAUGCUAGACAGCAUAUGGCUAUCCAGUGUUAACAAGAAAUUAUCUCAUUUCUUUUCCACAAAAUACUACUAUGUUAUUAUUAUUCAUCGCAUUAUAUAUUUUGAAUUACAAUAUAAUCUUUUUUUUUAAUAAUUAUAUAUAUAUAUAUAUAUAUAUAUAUAUAUAUAUAUAUAUAUAUAUAUAUAUAUAUAUAUAUAUAUAUAUAUAUAUAUAUAUAUAUAUUGUAAUAUGGUGUCAGCUCAAGUAGACAUUGAUAAACUACCUGUUAAGCAAGGUUUAUCAUUGUAGUUGUAUAUAAUUGAAUAAUCAAUCAAUAAAGUUUGCAUUAUUAUAUAUAAUGAUUUAAAGUUUGUUCGUUCACAGCAACCAGGUAUAUCAAUCAUGUUUUUGGUCGCUACUCUGGUUUACAUAAAUGAAUACAAAGCCCAGUCGAAUUGUAAUCAAGACCCAACGUUUCAACACUCCAGUCUAGUGUCUUCAUCAGAGGUGAUCUAACUUUAGACUGGAGUGUUGAAACGUUGGGUCUUGAUUACAAUUCGACUGGACUUUGCAUUCAUUUAUAUAAACCAGCGUAGCGAGCGAAAACAUGAUGUGUAUUGAUAAUAAUUCAUUUUAUUCUUUCAAAAGGUUCAAUAAAAAUUUGAGCUCACUAGUCUGAUUAUAAGCCAUUAUAGACUUGAAAGCUAUGGAUUAAUAGGGAUACAAGUAUCUGAAAAAUACAAGGAGAACUUCAACAUUUCGAGGAUGUUAGUAGCCCAGGAUGUUAGUAGCCCAACGAAGGGCUUUCACGCGAAGAGUCUAAGUUCUCCUUGUCUUUUCUUGUAUCAAGAUUAUAUUUAAAAAUGUAACUCUAUAAUAAUUCUAAAAUCUAAUUUAGACUGCAUGCUAUAAGGAAGAGAGAGAUGUACUGGUUUAUGGUGAUCAUCAAUGGAUCACUAAUUUACACUAUGCUUUUCAAGAUGACAGUUUUCUGGUAGGUAUCCAAUUCUUUAUAUAGAAGGAGAGAGGUGUUGCCUACAUUGAGGUGGAUUUAAAAAACAUGUGAGCAAACUGGCCAAUAUAUUGAACUGUUUCUCAUAAUUUAUUUAGUAUUUUGUCAUGGAUUACUACAGCGGUGGUGAUCUGCUUACGCUUCUAAGUAAAUUCGAAGACCAUUUACCAGAGGAAAUGGCAAAAUUUUAUCUGGCUGAAAUGAUCUUGGCAAUCAAUUCAUUGCAUGAAAUGGAAUAUGUACACAGGUACUGGAAUGCUGACUAUCAUGACUUUAUAAAAUUUUGAGUACUUUUAUUAACUAUAUAAUUAGUGGUAAGACCAACAGGAUAUCUACCAACAUUGCAUGGGUUAUGAACAAUUUUCCUUAUGUCAUAGGGAUGUGAAGCCUGAUAACGUUUUAUUGGACGUCACAGGCCAUGUUAGACUGGCUGAUUUUGGGUCAUGUUUAAAAUUAUGCAAAGAUGGAACUGUAAGUUAUGUUAUGAGCACAUAUAGCAUCACUAUUUCAUGUUACUGGACAUAUAUUUGUGAAAUUUCUCAACUGUAUUUCAGUUAAGAGUGUGUGUACGCAUUUGUACCUAUUUUUAUAUCUCUUCAGGUUCAAUCAGCAGUUGCUGUGGGUACACCAGAUUAUAUAUCACCAGAAAUACUCCAGGUAAGACCUUUGGUUACCCCAUGGUUAAUGAGUUCAAAUAGAUAACAUGUAAAAUGAGCUUGUAGCUAAACCACCCUCCAAUACUUUUUAAAAGCCUUGGAAUGAAAGCUGAAUAACUGUAUAACAAAUCUGUAACAAUAAUUUUUCAAUCAUAAAAGCAUUGGUAUGCUAUAAAUUAAAUAUAUUGCAUGAAAUUUAAGGCCACAAAGCUUAAAGAACUAAGAUUCCCUGCUACAAAAGAUUGUUAUAUUUUUGCAACCUAAUUCAUCCCCCAAUAUCUUGUGAAGUUGAUACCCAGUUCACAAAGAAGCAUAGCUGCUGUAUUUUCAUCACUCUUUUGUAUUGCAUCGUUUUCCUAACAUCGUUUUUAGGCGAUGGAGGAUGGUAAAGGAAAAUACGGCAAGGAAUGUGAUUGGUGGUCACUUGGCAUCUGUAUGUAUGAAAUGUUAUUUGGCGAGACGCCUUUUUAUGCUGAGUCCUUGGUUGAGACAUAUGGAAAAAUCAUGAACCAUAAGGUAGAGCUACAAAUGGGGUAACUAGAAUAAAUAUCUUUGCAAUCUCUUAUAAACUUACUGAUAAGUAGUGUCUGAACCACCCUUGAAAGAUUAAAAACACUUCCACAUUUCAAAUAAUGAUGCCACUAGUUUCUUGAGAAGAGCCUUCUCUUGAAUUGUCUGUAGGCUCAGGUUUACACUCUCAAAGUUUCUGUGAUCACAGUAGGAAUUUUGCAUACGUAGAUUCUAAGUUUUGAAGGAUUUGUAGGAAAUGUUUGAGCCAAUUGACUUUGUGUUAAACAUUGACUCAGUUUACUCAAACAUAUCUUACAAAUGCUUCAAAACUUAGAAUUUACCACUGCAAAAUUUCUACUGUGAAUGUGUAUUUUUUUCUGGCAGAAUGUAAUUUCUUUGUUUUGAUUUUAUAGACUUUCUAUGAUUGGCCAUCACAUGUUGAAGUGUCUACGGAUGCCAAAGAUUUAAUUCAAAGGUAUUAACAUAUGACAAAAAGCAUCUAAAUAGUUAGGUUGUAUUGUACAACAAAUUUAACAACAUUUCGAUAAAUAAAAUGUUGGCUUUUUUACUGGUCAUUAUGCGAGUCAGAUACCAGUCAUGACCGAAAACUUGAUGUUUAAGCUUGUUUCUUCAGAUUAAUAUGUCGAGCAGCACAGAGACUGGGCCAGCAUGGCAUUGCAGAUUUUAAAGAUCAUCCGUUUUUCAAAGGGAUAGACUGGGAAAACAUUGCAGAAAGUAAGUCCAUAAUCUUGCAUUGCUAUGUAGUUUAUCAUAGUUUCAUAGUUAGCUGUAGAUCUGUGAAAUCUUUGACAAAAACAAUGUCUUCAAUAAUUGUAGCUGAUCCACCUUAUAUGCCAGAAGUUAGCGGCGCGACGGACACGUCAAAUUUUGAUGUUGAUAUUGAGGCUUCUAAAGCAAAUGUAAGUAACGUGUUUUACCGUGUUUUUCUAUAAUAUACAUAUUGGCUGAACUUGAGGUAAAGUAUGUAAAUUGUUAUGCAACUUUUUCUCAUGCAUCAAACUGCUUAGCUGUACUCAUCAAGGAAAACUUUGAAAAUGUUGGGACUUCGAUAAAGUUUCUUCCAUGCGUGUGCUGUAUAGACAAUACAUGUUGUCAUUCUUUGGGUUUGUAUUACAUAUAUGCGGUUCAAUCCAUAUUCCCAUAAAUGAACAUUUAUUUGGGAUUGUAGCCAGUAAAUAUCUUCUAAUUAGACAAGAACGCACUCUUGAUUAUGGGAAUUUGCGCAAUUUAUCUUCUAUAAUAGAUAAGAACGCACAAUUGAUUAUGGGAAUUUGCGCAAUUAUUCAAUAAUCUGUCGGCUAUGUGCAAUGUUAUUUACGGAAUUUCAAUACCACUUUAUAAAGCGCCCCUUGAUAAGGUAAUUACUGGAUUCCAAGUCUAUGAUAUCACAAUCAUUAAAGUUUCGGGACGCGCUAUCAUGAUCGUAAGCGGGAAACAGUUACAUUAAACUUGCUCACAAGUAUGCAGACAAUUAUCAAAGCCAGGAAUAUUUAUCCUUUUCAAUUCCUUCAUUGUAUAAAGACGUCAACUCAACCAAAGUCUGUCUCGUCGUUUACUGGUCACCAUUUACCUUUCGUCGGAUUUACCUUUACGAAGGACAGGUAAUAAUGUCGUUCUUUUUGCAUGUAUCGUACAAUGGUAAUGACUAACCUUUCAGUGGCAACGGCACUUACCCACUCCUAAAUGCGUCACGUGCCAUACACUGCUGUUCGAAAAAUACUAUGUAUAUUUGUACUGUAAGUAAAUCAUAAGGGAAAUCAAAGGGUUACUGAAUCGGGAGGUGCUGCCUUUAAGAUAACCCACAGAGAAGACUUGAAAUAGAUGCUAGUGCCCUAUAGCUAAGCAACAUUACUGGUUUUAAUAUUAUAGUCUCACUUCCGUAGCGUCUGACGUUUAUAGUAAUUGUUGUUCAUAGCAUGCUUUCUGACUUGGCUCUGAAGAACAAGAAGAGUCAGUUCUCCAAUGGCCCCCAGAACUCUGCCAAGGAAGGUAUGUUCUUCAAUCUUAUUUGCUUAUCAUUCUUUCCUACUCGUAUGAAAAAGGCACCGACAGCAAUAUGAUUUCACCAACACAGAACGAUUUAAUCGAUCGAUAGGCAAACCCAUCCUAAGGAAAUCUUCGUAGGAAAAACGGUUGUAAAUUUCGAUGUUCUUUGUUUUGACCUUCCAGUGAGCAGUGUUUCAGUGGAAGCUUACGAGAGAAGAAUAAAAAAACUCGAGAGAGAAAAGUCAGAAUUAACUUGGAAACUGCAAGAGUCGACCAAAGUUUUACAAGAACAAUCUAUUGACACUAAAUCCGGUAGUAGAAGCUCUGAAAGUGGUAAUGUGAAUGAAGAACUUUCUGCUUUGAAGAGAAGGAAUAAUGGUAAGAAUGUAAAACCAAACGUUUGUUCCUGAGUCCCACUCUAGAUUUCUUAAUCAUACGACGUUACAGUCAGUGAAACAAUUGUAGUCUAGUCAGUAAAUGGAAGUUAAGUGAUUUUGUCAUGAAUAUAUGUAAAGUAAUUAAAAAUUAUUUAUGUUUUUUCUGGUUAGAAAUUGAAGUGAAAUUAAAGCAUAAGGAAAAAGAGCUUGAAGAAAUUCUUAGUGAUAAAAAGUCAGCUGAGACUUCGUCUGAAGGUAUUGUCGCAGUGUUAGAAAACUGUUCAGCAACUAGCAGUUCCACAAAUGGAAUAUGACCAGGCCUUUAUAAUAUAACCCAAAGAAACAUAAAGAAAGAAAUUUUCCGACGCUUCCGUGUUGACAUUGAGUUAUAUCAACACGGCUCUUAGCCAAUCAGCGUUCAGAAUUUACAAAUGCUAUAUUAUAAUAACAAUUAUAAUAUAGUCAUCCACCGUAUAUGAGCUGUUCUGCAAUCUGAUUGGUUGAAUUAUUCGCCGUAUAUCAGCUAAUAUACGGCGAGUAGCGAAAAACAAGAUGGCGGUCCAAAACUACAUGAGUUUUGCGAAGCAGAAGAAGGAAAAUAUUCGCUUUGAGAAUAAUAAUAUCACAAGGAAAAACUCUCAAAAAAAAUUUGACAGGUUAGCAAAAUACAUUUAUUACGUAGAAAUUAGUUUAAAUACAAGUUUUUUAAAUAAUUAAUACCGAAACAACAGCAAAAAAACAUGUUCAUUGAGAAUAUAAAUUGUUCAGAAAAGUUUGCAAUGAACGACAAAUGAAUUUGCAGUCAACAAGCACUUACUAUAGUACCAAACAUCUGUAUAAUAUAUCUGAGCUUUCCUGUGAGAUAUAGAGGUUCUAAAACCAUUUCUUGCACUUCGUCUUCGAGUUGUAAAACAAAAGUAUUUGAAAUUUUCAAGCUGUUUUUGGCCGAAAAAAUUGUCAACACAUUGUAACAGUGAAUAAUUAAUUACUGCUUCAGUUAAUGGCUAUAUUAGGCUACAUUAUAAAACAAUUAUACCAUUCGCUCUCGUCGUAUAUGGCUGAUAGCCAACUCGGUGCUACGCACCUCGUCGGCUAUCAGCUCAUAUACAACUCGAGCUCAUGGUAUAAUUGUCAUUUUUAUAUAGUUAUCAAAAUUAGAAAAACUGCAAAAUUUGGUUGCGAAAUGUUGUAAAAUACUGAAAAUAUAGCCCUGCGAAGUUGGCAAAUUUGUAUACAUUUCUAUAACGUGCGGAAAUUGGUAACUAAUUUAGUUACCAAUUCACGCACGUACAAAAAUAUACAAAUUUGCCAACUUUGAAGGGCUAUAUUUUCCGUAUUUUACAACAUUUCGCAACCAAACUUUGUAAUAUUACUAGUAAAUUCCAAGACGCUCUUUCUAGCUGUGGUGAUAGAUUUCGUUGUUCUUACUUAGAUUAAAAUUUAGUCUAAAGCGCGAGUCGUCCAUUGUAAUGCGCACAUGAUCAUAUAAAUAUGUAAAAAUCGCGCAAUAGAAAUAUUAAAUGUUAUUUUUGGGCUGGCAAAAACCUGGCCAUGGAAAGCAUGCGGACGGCCGCAAGCGAAGGAGUGAAUGAAGUGAAGUAAAAACGCAGUUCUAUUGUUUAUAAUUAACAAAUAUAAAACAUUUUCCAUGUUGAUAUACAGUUAUAUCAACACGAGUGGAAAUUGGGAAAUUUCCGGCGGAGUGUUUUCACACAAUUUCGAGUUUUCCCAAUUCCCACGAGUGUUGAUAUAACUGUAUAUCAAUACGGAAAAAAAUUUUAUAUUUGUUUUAUAAUAUAGCACAAAGAAAUAUAAAGAAAGAAAUUUUCCGACGUUUCCGUGUUGACAUUGAGUUAUAUCAACACGGCUCUUAGCCAAUCAGCGUUCAGAAUUUACAAAUAACUAUAUUAUAAUAACAAAUAUAAAACAUUUUUUGUGUCGAUAUACAGUUAUAUCAACACGAGUGGAAAUUGGGAAAACGAGAAAAUGUGAGAAACAUAAAGAAAGAAAUUUUCCGACGUUUCCGUGUUGACAUUGAGUUAUAUCAACAUGGCUCUUAGCCAAUCAGCGUUCAGAAUUUGCAAAUGCUAUAUUAUAAUCUCCAAUGGUCUGCGUCAGUGAUUUGAGAGAGAUACUACUUCCUGAAAUGUAUGACUCUGUGUUGUUGCGCGGUUUGCUACCAAAAAAUGGGGGCCAAAACUACGGGCGCUUUCCAUUUAAUGGUCUGACUGGUCAGACGUGAAUUUUUGUCUCUGUAUCAAUGGAAAGAUCUGGUCUAUGUUUCUCAAAUAUCUAGCGAAAAUGGACCUCAUUCUAAUGUUAUCCGGCUAAAUUUUCCGGUCAGAAAUGUUCGAAGCCCAAACGUUUUCUGUUCCAUUCAACUAUUUGACCGUUCUGACCGAUCUGGUCGUGUUAAUGGAAAGCGCCCUACGUAUCUAAUCUGUCUUAGUAACUGGACUGUAAAGAAAGCGCAACCAUUACAGCUAAUAUAGACAAUUCCCAUUAUAGACUAGUUUUAAAACUAGGCAAGGAGAUGCAAAUAAAUCACCACAGCUAGAAAGAGCAUACUAAAAUUAGUAAAAUUGCAAAGUUAGGUUGCGAAAUGUUGUAAAAUGCGGAAAAUAUAACCGUGCAAAUUUUGUGUACUUUUGUAUUGCGUGCGGAAAUUGCUACCACAUUUGGACCGAAAAUGGUAGCAAUUUCAGCACUCGAUAUAUACAAAAGUAUACAAAAUGUGCAAACUUUGCAAAGCUAUACUCUCCGCAUUUUACAACAUUUCGCAACUAAACUUUGCAAUUUUACUCAUUUUAGUAUGUUCUUUCUCGCUGUGGUGAUUUAUUUGCAUCUCCUUGCCUAGUUUUAAAAUUAGUCUAUAAUGGGAAUUGUCUAUUAAAAAAUACAAACUUUGUUUCAUAGAUAUGAAGUGGAAACUCAGAGCUGCUGAAAAAGAUAAAAAAGCUUUGAAAGAGGAAAAAGAAAUUUUAGAAAAGGUUGGUAGAAGUUUUGCAUAUGUGAAGAUUGAUGAAUUUUAAUGAAAUCCUGAACAUUGGCGAAAGUUACUGGUAGAGCAUCAUCAUCAGAUAUGAAGGUGCUGUAACCAUUUAAAUUUACUGGUUCUCAUAGAAUUUGCAUUAUCAAAAUACUGUAGGAUAUAGCAGAAUCCAAAGAGCGUAAUGGCGCGUUAUCCAAAGAGUUGAAGGAGGCUCAGAAUCAACGUAAACUGGCAAUGGCUGAAUUCAGUGAAUUGAAUGAUAAACUAGCAGAAAUGAGAUCUCAGAAAACGAAGUUAACGCGAAGCCAACGAGAGAAAGAAGAGGAACUAGGUUUGUAAAAGAGGAACAUGUCAUAGUCAAGAUGUGAUGGUCUGGAAACGUAACAGAAAUCAUUGUAUUAUGUUUUUGUCUGAGUCGGAGUUUAUGUUAAUGGCCAUUUGCAUUAUAGACUAAAUUUUGAUCUAGACAAAAAUUUCAUCACAGCUUGAAAGAGCAUCACAAAAUUAGUAAUAUUCCAAAGUUUCGUUGCGAAAUGUUGUAAAAUGCGGAUAAUAUAACCUUGCGAAAUUUGCAAUUUUCAGUCAUUUUGUAUUACAAAAAGGAAAUUGAUGCCCCAACACCCGAUUGGGCUGUCAAUUUCCUGUGCGUAAUACAAAAUGACUGAAAAACGUUAAACUUCGCAAGGCUAUAUUAUCCGCAUUUUACAACAUUUGGCAACGAAACUUUGGAAUAUUACUAAUUUUGUGAUGCUCUUUCAAGCUGUGAUGAAAUUUUUGUCUAGAUCAAAAUUUAGUCUAUAAUGCAAAUGGUCCAUUGGUGCACGUUCACGGUGAUUGAGCUCAUUGUAUUUUCGUAUAAUGAAGUAAUCGUCCAAUAGGAAUAGCUGAGAUGAAACGUGCAACCACGAUGAGUAAUAUUUAAUGAAGUUGAGACAAAGGAUUUGUUUACGGUGAGGUACACUUCAACAUCAAACAAAAGUCUUCUGUUCUGUGGCUUUGAAGUUGCCCGGCUUCCAGACCAUCAUAUCUUGACAGACGAUGAGUAUAUUAAGCAGAUGAAUACAUAACUGCAUAAAUAGAUUAAUUAUCAAAGAAAAUGAUAAUAGGAAAAACGUGCGAUGUAUAUCGGUGCACGUGGAUGACAAUCGAAAGACGUCAGAAUGAACAUAGGACGGUUAGCUUGGCUAAAUGCCUGCCAGCAAGGAUUGCUCAGCUUAUAUAGUAAAUGUCUGUUUUUUUCUUCAGAGAGUGCUCUUGAGAAAAUGGAAAAUAUGAAGACAGACAUGAGAAAUGUGGACAAGAAGAAACGAGAAGUGAGUUGGGAAAUGUUGGGAAUAUACAGACACUCAAUACGAACAAAUCAAAAUACUUCCGUGACCUCUAUAUAUUUCUGGAGCAUGAACUUAAGUCAUUCGGCCUAUGAGAACAGUGAAGCCAAGACGGCGGCCAUUGACGUCCAAUAGCUCUGAAGGUUGUAAACAGUUUUAAUACCAUUUUCCCCUAAAGCUAAUUCCAGUUUUUCUGAUGGAUCGUAUCGCUAAACAAGUUAACAUUUCACAAAACCAUAGUAUUAUUGAUGUGAAAGACGAACUUGUAUAUACCAACACAAUAGAAGGGGACUGGAAGUCCAAUAACUUCCAAUAGCUCCAUCUUUGGUUUCAAUUUUUGGACUCGAGUUCUCGCUUCAGAUACACUGGGGGAGAAAAGUGAAAUCCAUACUACGAAAUUUGCAAUUGCACCACUAAAUCCAUACUAUUUCGAUACUAUAUUCAUACUAUGGAAAUAUACAAUUAUUAUGGAUAACCAAAAUCCAUUCUAUUUCCAAUAAGGUCCAUACAAUUUCCAUUCUAUGAACAUUGUGUGUUUGGUGUGUUUAGUUGAGUAGUCAAAUUGAUGAGCUGACAGCUGAAGUUAGCAAAGAGAAGAAACUCAAGGCUCGCAGUGAACAAUACUCGAAACAACUCGAAGAAGAAAUUGAUAUACUUAAGGUAAACAUAACUCUACAGUAAAUAAUGGAACACCUAAGGCCUGUUUACACUUGCAAUUUUUCCUGUGAUUUCUAGUGCGAUUUUCGUCUUUUGAUGGAUGUGAACGAGCGGAUAAGCUAUGAAUGUUCUGAUGAGGGAACAUAUACUCAGAACAUUCGUAACCCAUCUACUCGUUCACAUCCAUCAGAAUAAGAAAAUCGAACGGCCACGGGUUUUUUAAGUGUACAGAUAUAUGUCCUGCCGAACAUCUUCGCGAUUGGGUUCAUUCGCAGUUACGUCAUUAGAAUUUCAACUUGCAUGCGAAAUUUGUACUUCCAGUGAUAAUCUACCAAACUCUUCCACGUAUUCCGAUUUAAUAGCGCAUCGAGAGGGGAUAGUUGUUUUUGGUCCUUUUGCGAAAUCUAUAGACAUGGCUGAUAAAGCUCCAAUAUACGCUAAGCAUAAUUUAUUAUUUUUAGAUCAAACAAAGGACUUUAGGAAAACUGACAGGUUUUGAUACGACUGCUGAUCAACAACAGAAAGAAAUUACUAAGUAUGUUUUUAGCUUACUUCGUUUUCCCAUAACUGCGCGUACAGUCCAUUUGUAAUUAGUGAGUUUAAGAUACCCCGGUUUCGGUGUACGUGUACGGGUAGCAUGAUUUUGGUUAGCAAUAUUUUCGUCGAUGUCUGUAUCUUUACUCAGUAAAAACUAGUAAACAAGAUGACACUACUCGUACCCGUACACCGAAACCGGGGUAUCUUAAACUCACUUUUAUCAUAAAGCUGAUCGAUGAACGAUAAUUUAAAUACAUGGAAAUAUUUCUCAUGCUCAGAUUUGGCUCAUUAUAAACGACGGGAUUUGGUAAGGAUUUCUCGGAGUCGUAGUAAAAUUAGAAAUAUCAGUCAACAGUGCAUAUGCAGAUUUGAAAUGCGGCGGUUUCCUUAAAAAAUCAUUAACUACUAUUUUUGGUAUUCUGUGUCAACUGUCUCCCUAACUACUAUUUGUGGAUCUCUGAAAUAUUUUCUAUGACAACGGCGAGAAGUCGCGCCACUUUAUAUUGACAUGGAUAAUUUCAAUUGGAUUCCAUUUUCGAAAGCUGUUGAUGUUCUAUAAUGCCCUCGACGUGUCGUCUCAAGACAAUACUUAAGGCAGAAUUGCUUAAAACAAGAAAAGUCGCCAUGAUUUGCGAUAUAGAUUUCACAUGUGUCGAUGGUACUCGUUUUAGGCUAAAAGCUUCGUUAGAGAAAGAGAAAAUCGACCAUGAAGAAACUCUUUCCCAGCAGAAGAAAGAAUAUAUGACUGAAGUUAAGGUAUGUAGCCCAAAGGCAAUAUGGAGUGGGCUGUGCACCCUUCCCCAAAGGAGGUUUGGACACCCCCGCCCCCCUUUACUGGACCUCUAGGGAUAACAGUUAUAUAGAAUUAAUUUGGAUUACAAAAGAGUCGCUUAAGCACACGUACUCUCUUGUUAAUUGACACCGAAAUCCAAUAUUUGUUCUGCUAUAGAUACAUAAUAUAUUAAUCUCAACCUUUCUUUAAGCCUUUUUUGCCAUUUGCAUAAUUUUACGAUAUUGAUAAACAAUGUUAAAUAUGUGCCCCCAAAUUCCGGAGUUCUCAUAGUGUAGUUCUAGCAUAGCAAUUGAAACACCUGAUGAAGCACGGCUUUCAGAAUUAUUCUGAGUAGAUCGCUGUGUUGAUAAAGAAGGUGGCUGUGGGCAGGGGGCGGUCUAGGAAGUCUUUCAAACUGAGUGUAUAUUGAUUAGAUAGCAACACAACUGAACUCUGUAACCAAGCUAUGAUGUAUCAAUACUUUCAUUCUUUAACAAGAUAACUAAACUUCAAGAUUUAAGAUAGCAAAUAACUAGAUCAGUUUUAUGAAAUAGACGUCGUUUUCGAAAAUAACCAAGCUAUAAAGUAGACCAGGUCGAGGAAAAAUAACUUUGUUUGAAAGCUUGUCGAAAGGAGAGCAGAAUUGAUAUUACAAGUACGAAACAAAGUAACCGGCGGUAAACAUCGGAAGUUAUUUGUACAUUUAGUAUUACUAAGUCAUGUGACCAAAAUAAAGAAAUAUAUGAAUGGUUAAUUUCCUCGCGAAAAUUAUUGAUAAGUAGAUGUUGUAUAUCACUCCCCUGCUACAUUUGAAAACUGUACAUAGCAGAAAUUUCAUUAUUAUGAGUCAUUCAUUUACUUAUUACCACUGAUGUAAUAGUAUUAGAUCAGUGUUUAUCACCAAUAUGAUCAAAUCAGUCAUGAGACCAAAACAAAGCGAUGUGAUUGGCUAGUUUCGUCGUAAUGAGCACAAGGUUAAGUAGGCCUCUUGUAUUACUCUCUUGUAUAUUACAUUAUGAAUUUUUUUAUUUCAACAAUUUUAUUAUUAACAUUUGGCCGCCAUUUCGAAUAUAGAGCUUACGUUGAUUGUAUUACAUAACAAUAAAAUUACACCUGCACAAAUUUUUAAAGAAAUUCUGAAAUAUAUGAAAAUUGUGAAUGAAAUUUUUAGUAACAUGUAAACUGAUUGAACAUUCCAGACAUUUUAUGUAUAAAAGAGCAAAGUGGUUUUUGUAGAGGUCGUAUAUCAUCUCGAAAAUUUAUUUCAUUACCGUUACACGUUUCGUUGUCUUGAAGAAUCGCAACUAUAUAGAAUUGUAUACGUUGAGUGGUUUGUCGUUGACUUUCAUGGUAUAUUGUUUCAAGUAAACUCUCGCUGAAUUAAAUGAGUGUUCAAUUUUUAGUAACCGCCAUACAUAAAUCACAAAAGGUAUUAUAACGGUAUAGUUAAAGUUGAAUCUGGAGUUUUAUCAGUUACGGUGUAUAUUCUCGUAUUAACAAGAUCACUUUUACAGCAAACAAACAAAGAUUGGGUUUACUAAUACUAAAAAAAAGUUGGAUAAUAUCUCGAAUGGAGUAUAGGCAGUCAUGAACAUACUUGUUGAGGGAUUAUAACAGAAAAUAUAACUAUAACUUUGGCGUAUCAAGUUAGUAUAGCCAGACGAACAGCCUUCUCUCAGAAUGUUGAAGUUCUGUUAUAUUUUGAGGACGUUUAGUCCUUUAAUCCCUCAAGUGCAGUGCAUGUAUGGUUGGAUAAUAUCAGUGUUUUUAGGAGUUCAGCUCUUAUGUGUUUAUUAAGUAUAUAUAUAUUGAGGGAAUGUUUUUAAGAUAUUUACAUUAAAAUCUUAGCAAAGGAAACGGUUCUAAAGUGUAGUGUCUUAGGAAAUGUAUUAUGAUUACUGAUGUUCUGGGCUUUCUUCAGGAGCUCAGAGAGAAGUUACAAGAUCAAGAAAAUGCUUCGAAGACUUUAGAAAGCCAAGUAAGUUUUGUGACGCUCAAUAUAUGAAAUCAUGUUUAUGAUAUUUAAUGUGAUUGUAAUAAUGUUUUAUAUUUCUCUAUCAGAUUUCUGUAUUAACAAGCAAAGUGAAUCAAGCGAAAAAAGAUAGGUAUGUGUUAGCUUUAAACAUUUAGUUUGAUUGCGAGCAUCAUGUUAAUUUAAUUCAAGCAAUGUAAGACCACGUCAUAGUUUACUUAAAAUCCUCAUCACUUCACCACUAUAGCUAAACUAUUUUUAGGUUGUACUGAAGCGUUUAAAUGGCAAAUUUGCAUGUGUACACUUUAAAAAAAUUGUGUGUUUUUCCGUGCUUGUGCAGUUCCGACUAUAUACAACACUUGAUUACAAUAAAAUACUUUCUUUCACAGUAUCAGUGAACAGCAGGAUGUUAUCAGUGAUAUGCAGCGAAGAUUCGAACGGGACCGUAAUUUACUUGAAGAAGACAACAAAAAACUGCAAGUUGAAACAGACAAGGUCAGUAUGCUUCAGUCGUUGAACAGUAACGUCGGAAAAGUAUUUUUACAAAUGAAGAAAUAACAUUGAUAUAACAUUGUUCAAACUUCGCAAUACAACUGAACAAUUGGCUAAAGCUUAUUUAUAUCGUUGCUAAGAUAACUUACUUGCAAACAAUAUAAGUACAAUACAGUAAUUGUUUCAGGAUUGAUUUGUAAGAAAUGUUUGAGGGAAAUGACUUAGAAUUUACCCAUGCAAAAUUCCUACUGUGAUCACAGAAACUUUGAUAGUGUGAGGGCAGCCUUCGUCCUUCACUGGGAAAACAUUGAUUUUUUUACACUCGUAUUUCGAUUACAAUAGUGUGAGGGUUAGGGUAUUGAUUGGGGAUAUUAACAAAGAGAAAUAUAUCUGCGCAAAAUUCGCAAAUUCUCUACCAUAUAUAUCCAGAGUCGAGAAAAUCCCACCCAGGUCAGCUUCAGGUGGCGUGCAGUUGUUGCUCCAAUCACUGUGCGGGUAUCUCAUACUGACGUAAUUCUACAAUUUCACAGCUCACGGAAAGGCUAAACAAAGCGCAGGUCUCUCAACGUCGCAACGACGAGGAAUUGAAAGAUAUGAGGGAAAAGAAUGAUCAAGUCGCUCACUGGGAGGCACAAAUUGCUGAAAUUAUUCAAUGGUAUGUAUAUGUUUGUUUUGUUUAUUAUGGUAACUGUAACUAGUGGUAUUUGUUUUGGCCAUAUCUUUCAUCGCUCACCCAAUAUUUUGGAUUGCCCGGAUAUCUUGAAUUCGGGAUCAUUGUAUUGUAACCAAUUAUCAAUUAUGAUAAAAUUACUAAAUGAUGCUACAAACCAAUACCAUUGUAGUGUGUAGUGUGUAGUGUGUAGUUCAUUUAUUUAUUACACUUCGACCAUUAUUAAUACGAAUCUAAACAAGGAAAACACGAACAGGAAAACUGCUCAGGAACACAGCGUGAGCCAAUUACGGUAGUGACCUGUUGCAGAACAGAUACAAAACAUGAAACAAGAUUGCCACAUAGGCCACAUUGAUUGAAAAUGUCGUGUUUGCAGGGUGAGCGACGAGAAAGAAGCACGUGGAUAUCUUCAAGCUCUGGCAACCAAAAUGACGGAGGAACUCGAAGCACUUAAACCUUCAACUUCUGCUUAUGGUACCCUUGGCAAGGUUAGUUGUAUCAUCAUUAAAAUACCAUACCAUACAACACCAUACCAUACCACACCAUACCACAGAACACCAUACCACACCAUACCACAGAGAACACCAUACCACAGAUCACCAUACCACAGAACACCAUACUACAGUAUACCACACAAUACCAUACCAGUAACCAUACCAUACAUAUACUACAUAACACUUCAUUCGAUUCCUUUCCUCGUAUCACAGUAUAGAAUAUCAUACUAUAGAAAGUCAUACUACAUAACACUUCAUUCGAUUCCUUUCCUCGUAUCACAGUAUAGAAUAUCAUACUAUAGAAAGUCAUUCAUAUUUUACGACAGGGUGAUAAAGAUUGGCAAGCAAGGAGGUCACAUAAAAUGAAUAAACAAGAACUGCUGGCCUUACAAGCAACUUUGAAAAAGGAACUCGAGGUAGACUAAGUUCUACAUAAGCCAAAAGCAAUCUAGAGAUCUUC